CGUCAGGUUCUAAACCCACGGGUAAGCUUCAAACGCUGCACCCUGCAAACAUAACAAUUUUUAUUUUUUAUUUUUUGGAUAAUUUGCUAUCCACAAAAAAUCAAAAAUGUCAAUUCCAAUGACGCGACUGGGCGACAGAGCCUUCAGUCAUAGCGAAAACAAUGAUGUAGAGGCCGAAUACGACCGACUUAGGGACUUGGCUCGGCAAGAGGCACGGAAACGCGGCGACUGUUUCGAAAGGUCCCGCCAAGCGUACGAAAAUGGCGACGGCGCCGAAGCCAAGCGCCUCUCCAACGAGGGCAAGAAGCACGGCGCCAACAUGGAGCGCUACAAUAAGCAGGCCUCUGAGUACAUAUUCCGGGAGAACAACAACCCGGAGCGCGUGGCCGAGGACACCAUCGACCUGCACGGUCAGUUCGUCGAGGAGGCCGAGGACAUUCUUGAGGCCCGCAUUCGCGACGCCCAAGCCAGGGGCCAGAGGCACCUGCACGUAAUUGUCGGCAAGGGCAACCACAGCGCCGGUGGCGUGCAGAAAAUCAAGCCCCGCGUCGAGCAGGUGUGCCGCGAGCUGGGCCUCGACUAUGCCACCGAGGCCAACGACGGCCGCAUCUUUGUUGACCUGACCGGAGCCAAGGUCGGGGCGCCGCCGCCGCUGCCGCCACAGCCUGGUGGUGGGUACGGCGGCGGUGGUCACGGGCCCAGUCACGGUGGCCACCAACCUCACCACGAUUCUGGUUAUGGCCAGGCCCACCACGGGGGUGGCCAGUAUCAGCAGCACCCACCGCAGCAGCAACAGCAACAUCACCAGCAACAGCAGCAGCAACAGGACGACGAUAUCAUUGGUAUGUUACUCAAGAAGAUACCUUGCUGCAUUGUUAUGUAAUGGAUAUCCAUUGGAUAUAUGGGAUAGUGUCAGUCUAUUCAAAGGAGCUCUGCGUUGGGCCUAGAGCAGGAUGCAAAUAUGAUAUGAGAAACCGGGCAGACAAUCUGCUGCAUCAUGUUUCCAGGCAUGUUUGCAAUUUGUCUCUUCCGUAGAUCUGGUGGCACAUGCCAAAGCACCGAGGGUUGGAUAUAAUGUCGUAAUUCAAAGAGAAAGGAGAAUUGAUGACCGAUCUAUGGCUUGCUCUAUCCCAAUCGCCAAUACUCUCGACGGUGUACACUGUUGUGACAAGGCCCCCUGCGUGACCCUUUGCUGCUUUGUCCUCAUUCAUUUG